CAAUUUCACACUUGGUUUUUAGAAAUGUUCUUUUCCCAAACUUAAACAUGUAGCAGUUAUUAAUCUAAUCCUCUUUUAGUCUUUCAAUUCCCAUUUUCCCUAUACAUGAUUUUACAACCUCAGUUGUACAUGCUCUAAGACUAAGGGCAGACACACACACAGAAUACAAUGUUAGGAAGCCGACCAGUUUAAAUGAGGCUGAGCUUAUCUUUAAAAUCAGUUCACUUAAAUAAACAGGAACUGAUAGACAAAGAAGAAAGAAAAACAUUGUGUUGAUGACACAAAUCAGAAUGGUACGACUAAUUUGGGGGGAAUUUAGUCCUGCUUUGAGGAAGUGCUGUAUGUCCUGGAACAUGGGUCUUCCUCUUUAAUUGUGAACAAGAGGAAGGGAAGUGGGACCACCUGUAGCAGAAAAUCAGAAGUCAGGUUACUAUAAAGACACUGAACGCAGUCAACAGUUGGUGAUCAACAUCUACAGCUAAACUUACUGGACCUGCUAAAACUGCGAUAUACAUAUAUAACAUUCUCUCCUCUCUGGAUCUUGACAUCUUCAGGCGUUGCAUAGAGUCCUGCUGCCCACCAUGACACUAAAUCAGACAUUGAUUGUGGCCCUGCUUUUGGGACUCACCGUCACUUCAGGAGCGGCCACUUCUCUUUGCGUAUCGGAUAUGACUCGUUGUGUGUGCAACGUUAUGGCUAUCCUCAACCCACCUAGUCUGGAAUGUUUCUUUGCUUCGGAGCUGGAGCUGAGAGAUGGAAAACUGGGUGUAGGCCUAUCUGAGAUGCAUAUAUUCGAUAUAGAUCCAACUUCAAUUCAGUUCUUUCACAUGGAUAAACUUAUUUUCUAUAACGUCACAAUAUCCUCUUCAUUCAUCAGUGAAGUGAUCCCUCUUCUGUCCCAGUUGAAUUUGAACAAAAUGAACAUCAUUUCAUCCACUCUGGAAGUUGCCCAGCCUUUAGAGUAUCCAGAGUUAAAGGAAGCAUCUACAAUUAAAAGCCUUCUACUAGAAGAUGUAACAGUGGACCCCUCUCUCCUCCAGCCCUCCUUCCAGGCGCUCCACCGCUGGUUGUUUGGCUCCCUGGAAUCUCUUGUUCUUGUUCGUUCUGGCCCCGUUCAGAUUGACUGCAACUGGGCUGGAAGAGUAGAAAACCUGACUCGGCUGGAUCUGUCAGAGAACCUCAUCUCUUUCACUAGCCUGCAGAAUAUCUUACAUUGCUCCUCUCUUUCAUUCAAGUACCUGAAAUCCCUUCGUCUGAGACUCAGCAACCUCACCUCCCUCCAGUCUCUCUGCACGCUCCUGAGUCUCACCCCUGCCCUCACCGAACUUGAUGUCAGCAGGAACAAUUUCUCCACCAUCCACUAUCCCCACUGCUUCCAGGUGACGCCGCUCAGGAUGCUCAAUCUGUCCCACUCAGGCAUCACAGAGAUUAACUCAUUGCUCAAUACAUCUCUGGAGGAACUAGAUCUAAGUUUUAAUUCUCUGGAGGUAUUCAACGACCCACCACAGACCCUGAAAAAGCUAAAUUUGUCCAAUAACCGCCUCAUACGUCUCUCCUCUCUGAAUAACCUGUUUCAGCUCCAGGAGUUAAAGGUGGAUAGUAACCAACUUACUGUCUUGAUAAAUGAAACAGCAGGUGUCAGUUUAAGCACACUCGAGAAGCUUGUGUUUCUCCAUGCAGGGAGGAACCCUUAUCAGUGUCACAGUGCCCUAAAUGAGACCAUCGUGUUCCUGGACAAUGCAGGCAGUGUGUUUGUGGAAGACUACCCUGAAGAGUUUCUGUGUGCCUCACCAGUGGACCUGCAGGGGACUCAGAUAAUGAAUUUGUCUCCUGAAACAUCAGUGAAGCCGACCAGUGGGACACAAUGCGGCGGCUCUCCUCUCUGUCUGACACUCUUUAUGAGUUUAUUGUUAUGCCUGAUUUAUUUUUGUUGAUGUAUGCAGCAGACAUCAUCCUUGUUUGGGUACCACUUUCUAAUAAGGCAUGCUUUAAAAAGGGUUUAAUUAAUAGCUUUAUUCUUGGCUAAUAGACUAAAACUUAUAUAUCAGGUAUAAGCCAUUAAUAAGAAGAACGUUUGGGUGUCCAGGUUGUGAAAAUCCCUUUUGCUGAUUAAAUUGUAUGACUGCUUCCCAGAGGAUCUGGACUAAAAUGAGUUUGUUGACAACUUAUUAAGCAUUUAUUAAUGCAGUCUCAACAUUUAUAACUGCACUGUUACCACCAGGCAAAGGGAUUUUCACAACCUUUGCUCGUAUUAAUGGUUUAUAACUGAUCUAUAAAGCAUUAUAAAUGACCAAAGCAUUAAUAACCUUUAAUAAUUACCAUUAGUUAAUGUAAGUGUAUUAGAAAGUGGCAACCUUGUGGCUAAUAAAAUGGAAAGUGAAUAAAUGAAUAAAAAGUUUCUAAUAGCACGCUAACCAAUAAAUAUCACCAUUGUUUAAUAUUGUAA